AUGACGUCCUCAACCAUCUCAAACCCAAGCCAUCUGGAGCCAUCCCAACUUGGCACCAAAGAAUACUGGGACAACCUCUACACGACCGAGAUGGCGAAUCAUGCCCAGGACCCCAGCGACGAGGGCACGGUCUGGUUCGACGAUUCGGGCGCCGAGGCAAAGAUGCUGUCGUUCCUGCGGCGGAAGGUAGUGAAGGAGAAGCUACUACUGGGCGAGGAGGUCACGGAAAGUAAUUGUAGCUUCUUGGACUUGGGAACCGGGAACGGGCAUUUGCUUUUUGCGUUGAGGGGGGAUGGGGUUGGGGAUAGCGAUGGGGAUGGGGGAAGUAUCGACAGUGAGGGUGAGAGCGAGCCUGAGAGGAGUGGUGGAGGAGGAAGGGAACUUGAAGGCGGUGGAGAUGGCGAGGGAGAGGCACUCGAGGGGUGGGGAGGCAGGAUGCUCGGCGUGGAUUACUCCGCGCGCAGCGUCGAGUUCGCGAAGCGGAUUGCGCGGGACAAGGGCUAUGGGGAGGGAUCGGAACCGCGGAAGGAAGUCGAGUUCCUCAAGUGGGAUAUCAUGAGCGAGGAUCCUUCGCCGGGCGUCCUCUCGGGCGAGCAGGCGCGGGGCUGGGACGUGGUGCUCGACAAGGGGACGUUCGAUGCGAUUUCCCUCUCUGAGGGGAGGGAUGAGUGCGGGAGGAGGGUGUGCGAGGGGUACUGCGGGAGGGUCGUACCGCUUAUUCGGGAGGGGGGCGUGUUGCUGGUUACGAGCUGCAAUUGGACGGAGGAGGAGCUGGAGCGGUGGUUUGUGGGCCCGGGAGCUGGGGGAGGGGGAGGGGGAGGGCAGUUGGAGGUGCUGGACAGGAUAGAGUAUCGGAGUUUCAGCUUUGGGGGGAAGAAGGGGCAGACGAUCAGUAGUGUGUGCUUUAGGAAACGGGGGAGGCUGUAG